AUGACAAGAAAUGUGUGGUGGCAGAAGCUGUGGACAGACCAAAAAUUACGCUGGAAUCCUAAUGAAUAUGGUGGAAUUCGCUCAAUUAAAGUUCCAUCGGAAUCUCUCUGGCUGCCUGACAUAGUUCUCUUUGAAAAUGCCGAUGGGCAGUUUGAAGGUUCCUUCAUGACCAAGGCCAUCGUGAAAUCCAGCGGAACUGUCAUCUGGGCUCCUCCUGCCCGCUACAAAAGUUCCUGCACUAUGGAUGUCACAUUUUUCCCAUUUGACCGGCAAAACUGCUCAAUGAAGUUUGGAUCCUGGACUCAUGAUGGUACCAUGGUGGACCUCGUGUUGAUAAAUGAAAACGUGGACAGAAAAGACUUCUUUGAUAAUGGAGAGUGGGAAAUCCUAAAUGCACAAGGGAUGAAGGGCAACAGAAGAGAAGGGUUAUAUUCCUAUCCAUGUAUCACCUACUCAUUUGUCCUGCGACGCCUGCCACUAUUUUAUACCCUCUUUCUGAUAAUCCCCUGCCUGGGGCUGUCUUUCCUCACCAUUCUUGUAUUCUAUUUACCUUCUGAUGAAGGAGAAAAACUUUCAUUAUCAACAUCAGUCUUGGUUUCUCUGACAGUGUUUCUUUUGGUAAUUGAAGAAAUCAUCCCAUCUUCUUCAAAGGCCAUCCCUCUCAUUGGAGAAUACCUGCUGUUCAUUAUGAUUUUUGUUACCCUUUCAAUUAUUGUCACUGUUUUUGUAAUUAAUGUUCACCAUAGAUCUUCUUCAACGUACCAUCCCAUGGCCCCCUGGGUGAAGACACUGUUUCUGCAAAAACUCCCUAAACUGCUUUGCAUGAAGGGCCCCUUGGACUCCUGCUCUACCCCAGAUGAAAAGAAUAACACAGUAGUGAGGGGGAAAGUCGCAGAGAAAACUAAGCGGACUCCAGCAAAUGACGGCGAAAGGGUGCUGGUCACCUUCCUGGAACAGGCUGCCGAGUCCAUCAGGUACAUUUCGAGGCACGUGAAGAAGGAACACUUCAUCAGCCAGGUGGUACAAGACUGGAAAUUUGUGGCUCAAGUUCUUGAGCGCAUCUUUCUUUGGCUUUUUCUAAUAGUGUCAGUUACAGGCUCCAUUCUAAUUUUCAUCCCUGCCUUGAAGAUGUGGCUAUAUGGUGCCUAUUAG